AUGGUCUUACAUGCAAUGAGUGAUUUGUCACCAUCCGAGGAGGUGGGAGUGACCUUUGCGAGGCGAAAACUGCGGCCGGCGCUGGCAAAAGAAACCCAGAAAGCUGGGGGUCAGCUGGGGGCGCCGGCGCUAUAUUUAGCUGCUGCAAGGCCCACUGCCAGCCUCUCUCCUUCCUUCUCCUGCACAUGCAAACUCUCUUCUCUCUCCGUCUCUCGCGCCGAGGAAGAGCUCGUCCGCGCCCACGCUCGUCCACUCUGGUCCCCGCCGGUCCGCCGCGCGCCGCCCUCGCCAGGCUCCCGCCCCGACACCGCCUCCCGCCCUCCCAAGCUCGCGUGGCCGCGCCUCCGCGCCUCCCGCCCUGCCGUGCGCGCGUCCCGCCCUCGCCGCUCGCGCGUCCUCGCCGCGCUCCUCUCCUGGUCCUACUCCCGCGCGCCGUCCGUGGCCGCCGCAGUGUCGGUGACGCCGCAGCAGUUGGAACGGCGAUUUGCCUCUGCCCCGUAUCCUCCGCAACUCGUCGUGGCUGAGCAGGAGGAGGAGGAGGUGAAUCCGGUGGUGUCGGUGACGACGCGCGCCGGGGCGGACCCGGUCGGAGAAGAUGGGCCGGCACGGCGAGCUCUCGAGGCGGUCGGCGUCGCCGGAGCCGCUGCCGAUGAUGCGGAGCUCACGGAUCCCGCGGGAGGAGGACCAGAAGAGGAGCGCCGCGAGGCCGCGGCUCACCUCGCUGCGGCGGUGAGGAGCGUUGAUGCGGAGCUCGCCCGCGUACCGCGGCUCACCUUGCUGCUGCUCGCGCUGCCACGCUCCGGGCGGUCGUCGUCUCCAGCAAGCGACGGGGCCGGUGCCCGCGCUGCCUCCUCACCGCCGCUGGUCGCGGCCGCCUCCUCACCGACGCCCUCUGCUCACCGCCGCGCGCCGCCAUCACCGCCCUGCUCACAGUGUGCCGGCCCGGGCGUGCCCGAGCCGCCGCAGGGCGAGCUUGAGGAGCGGUGGCGCCCGGCCGCUUCCUCGCUGCGCGCCACGCGUCCUCCUCGUCGAGGUGCAGAGGUGCUUGGGGUGGACACGGCUGGAAAUAUUUGCUCCCCAAGCCCAAAACUUGCGCCGGCGUAG